AUGCAGCUGUUGGCUCCAGGGGAGGGAGUGCCAGGCAUCCAGGCGUGCAGGAGGCUGCAGCUGUCCCACGGGGGGAGAGGGGUGUGUGGGGAAGGUGGGGCAGUCUGGGGUCGCAGUGACAGUGAUGGCCUCAGGAUAGUAGACUGCACAUUUCUGUUCAAACACAGUCAUUCUGUUAUCUCCUCUAAGGACUAUGAGUAUCCAAACCAGCAGUCCCAAUCCACGCAGCACCAGAAGAAUGACCGCUGCCCACCCCCACCUCAGAUGCUGCCGGAGCAGGCCUGCGAGGUGCCCGGCUGCCGCUCUGACUCAGAGUGUGAGCGCCACAAGCGCUGCUGCUAUAACGGCUGCAUCUACGCCUGUCUGGAGUCAGUGCAGCCCCCACCAGUGCUGGACUGGCUGGUUCAACCCAAGCCUCGGUGGCUGGGAGGGAAUGGCUGGCUUCUAGAUGGUCCAGAUGAGGUACUGCAGGCGGAGGCCUGCAGCACCACAGAGGAUGGUGACGAGCCCCUGCACUGUCCCACAGGCUAUGAGUGCCACAUCAUCAACCAAGGAAACCCCGCCGCUGGCAUCCCCAAUCGGGGACAGUGCAUCAAGUCUCGUGGCAACUCUGAUGGACGUCCCAUGAGGCAAAAGUCCUACAAGGACUAUAAGGAUUACUUGGGUAACAGCUCAAAUAAUGCAGUGGCCAAUGAGAAACACCACCACAAACACAUGGGAUGA